AUGAAUCUUAUAGGCAUUUUACAAACAAUAGUUGGCGUGCUCUUAUGCCUGCUAACUUUGGUAUGCUACAAUCAAAGCGAGGCCUAUCCUAAUAAUGACUAUCGGUCAAUACUAAAAGCAAACCGGCCAAAUACAUUUGUCGAUGAAAUACUCCGUGACACCAGCCCAGAGUGUUUUGAACGAGAACAUGUAAACUAUCAUACGCGCAAACUAGACCUAGACAAGGAGGUCCGAAUGCACCAGCACCAGCUCACGAAAAACAUCACACCCUUCGAAAGACGCGAAUGGGAUAGACGCAUUCACACAAACAAACAAGUAGUCCAAGAGUAUAAAACGCGACUCGAAUCCCAACGACUUAUUCACCACCAAGAGAUAGCUAAUAUAGCCCAGCGGUUUAAUGUUAUUGCCCCGUUUACUUUAAACAGCUCAGCCAUCUUCCGCAUGUUCCAACCCUGCUGGCACCCCAUUCCACACGACGAUCUUCUCUGCCAGAGUGAUUACCACCAUCAAGGCAUAAUUCAAAAGCUACUAGAUGUACAAGCCACGCACCAAUACCACCAACAAAUCCUAGCCACUGCCAUUGACCAAGUCUCCGUCCUCCAAUCCCAAACAAACCAAACUCUCCCCGCUGCCAAACAAGCCAUUGAUGCGUACAUCCAAACCCUUUCCCAAAUAACCCAGUACCGCAUCCAACAACUCCAGGGUAUCAUAAGGCAAACUAAUGAGUACGGUCUGGUGACUAUGCCCCUCUACUCCAUCGGUAUUCACUUUUCAAAGAACCCUCCCAACCCUUCGGUCUUUUCCACCAGAUCAUUCAGCCACGAGCAUGCUCUUCAAUUCUACUAUAUUCUCUAUACUAUCAGCGCCCACCAGCACAAUGCACAGCAAAUAGAAGCAUUCCUUCAGAGCGAUCUUCUUCCUUUCUAUUAUGCCGUCCAGCAGCGAGCCAAACUAGAGCUAAUCAUUCCUAGCAUCUAUACACACAUCAACGCCGUAUUAGCAAUCGAUAUAGUUGCCGAUCUGACCAGCCACCAGCACAGCAAACUUCCUAACCUUCUCUAUCAAGACACCAUUGAGAAUAUGUACGAUUUAUUUGCCACCUUGCUCUCCAUUCACCAAGCCAUGCUCCGUGAUCGACGGAUUUCCCUUAUCGCCACUGCCACUACUAUGCUCAAGCAUCCCCGGCACUACCAACAACGAAGAAGCUCUAAACCCAUACUGCUACCCAUUAUGACCCCAAUGCUCAUUCAUCUCCAAGCAGAGCUAAAAUAUCUCCAACUAACCACCUUAGGCGUCAACAACACCCUAACAGAUCUGCAACAAACCCAAAGCCCACUCAACAUCGACACAACCACCGAACGCACCAUCAAAUGCAUUGAAUUCCACCAAAACCAUCCACUGCCCAAAACCAAUCCCGCCCCGCCGCCAUCCGCCAACAUAAUUCACCCCAACCCCAACCCCGUCAAUACCAACACCAACAGAACCCUUACCAAUGCAUCCUACACCAUCACCGCAACCACAUCUCAAAAUAAAUCCAAUCCACCUCAACCUAAUACCAACUCAACCCAAACUAAUACCAAUCUAACCCAAACUAAUACCAACACAACUCAACCCAAUCCUAUGCCUCCCCUAAAGGAUGGAUUUAUGUUGUAUUAUUCCAGAAGCGGGGCAUCCUCCACUAGGCUAGUUAGAUCUUCACAAUUCCUUUUUAAUAUAGCCAUCCCCACCGCUUAUCUCUUUCUUGGUGCAACCAUCUUAGCCUUAGCAUGGUUGUAA